AUGAGGCAGGGCCGGGCCAGAAGGGUGACGUUGGCGAGAGCACCCACUGCUGACAGCACCGACUCAGAGGAAGAGUGGACACCCAGUUUGGAGAGGAGACCUCCAGCCUCUCGUGCCUUCAGAGCUCCCGUCAGAACCCCAGCUAAGUCCAGAGUCGGCUCUCCAAUCAGCAACAAGACUUCACAGCCAAUCAGCGACGACAACAGGACUUCACAGCCAAUCAGCAAGGACAUCCAGAUUUCACAGCCAUUUGGAAAUAGAAACAGCAGUCCCACAGAACAGGCUAUAGAGACAGAGGAGAACAAACAGAUCCCCAGAACAGACUCAGACCAGGGUGGAGAGAGAGACGGCGUGGAGAGUGUGGAUGGACAGGGAGGGAGAGAGCAAGACCCAACCGCAAAGAGACCUGGUGUCUCAGGCGUCUCGUGCUCCUUGUGUCCGUUUUCCUACACGGCUCAAAUCUACCUCCACAAGCACAUCAAGAGGAGCCACACGGACGAGUACGUGAGACUGCUGAGGUCUGGAGAGAUCAGACCAGAGACUCUGGCACCUUCCAGAAGCAGUGACCAACACAAACAAAAACAUUUAACUGUGCCGUCCAGGUCAACAUCCAGUAAAGUCGCCCCUAACCCCUCUUCACAACAGGAAGGAGCGAAUGACAAGAGGCGUCAGCGCUGCACUCAGUGUGGCAAGAGCUUUACUCUAGAGCAUCCUCUCAAACGACACCAGCGCACUCACACAGGAGAGAGGCCGUACCACUGCACUCAGUGUGGCAAGAGCUUUACUGAUGGGGGAACUCUCAAACUACACCAGCGUAUUCACACAGGAGAGAGGCCGUACCACUGCACUCAGUGUGGCAAGAGCUUUACUCUAGAGCAUCAUCUCAAAGCACACCAGCGCAUUCACACAGGAGAGAGGCCGUACCACUGCACUCAGUGUGGCAAGAGCUUUACUCGAGAGCAUCAUCUCAAACGACACCAGCGCACUCACACAGGAGAGAGGCCGUACCACUGCACUCAGUGUGGCAAGAGCUUUACUCUAGAGGGAAAUCUCAAACUACACCAGCGCAUUCACACAGGAGAGAGGCCGUACCACUGCACUCAGUGUGGCAAGAGCUUUACUCUAGAGCAUCAUCUCAAAGCACACCAGCGCAUUCACACAGGAGAGAGGCCGUACCACUGCACUCAGUGUGGCAAGAGCUUUACUCAAGAGGCAAAUCUCAAACUACACCAGCACACUCACACAGGAGAGAGGCCGUACCACUGCACUCAGUGUUGCAAGAGCUUUACUCAAGAGGGACAUCUCAAACUACACCAGCGCAUUCACACAGGAGAGAGGCCGUACCACUGCACUCAGUGUGGCAAGAGCUUUACUCUAGAGCAUCAUCUCAAACUACACCAGCGCACUCACACAGGAGAGAGGCCGUACCACUGCACUCAGUGUGGCAAGAGCUUUACUCAAGAGGGAGAUCUCAAACGACACCAGCGCAUUCACACAGGAGAGAGGCCGUACCACUGCACUCAGUGUGGCAAGAGCUUUAUUCGAGAGGAUCAUCUCAAACUACACCAGCGCAUUCACACAGGAGAGAGGCCGUACCACUGCACUCAGUGUGGCAAGAGCUUUACUCUAGACCAUAAUCUCAAACUACACCAGCGCACUCACACAGGAGAGAGGCCGUACCACUGCACUCGGUGUGGCAAGAGCUUUACUCAAGAGGGAACUCUCAAACUACACCAGCGCACUCACACAGGAGAGAGGCCGUACCACUGCACUCAGUGUGGCAAGAGCUUUAUUCGAGAGGAUCAUCUCAAACGACACCAGCGCACUCACACAGGAGAGAGGCCGUACCACUGCACUCAGUGUGGCAAGAGCUUUACUCGAGAGCAUCAUCUCAAACUACACCAGCGCACUCACACAGGAGAGAGGUGA